AUACAUACAAAUGAGACACCACACAAUGAAGGAGGAAAAGUGCAAAGGCAGUCAUGCACAAUUAUUCCCCCAAACACUUUCAUUACAAUUUAUUGAUUUUUAUUUAUUUUUUUAUAGUUUUUUACAAUUAUUAAUCCAAUUCCCCUUUUUGUUCUUAAUCUCUGAGCCAUUUGGAUCGAUCUGUUUCUAAUUUUUAAAUCCCAUUUCGCACAAUACUAUAUAGUCUGAGUAGCAAAAGGGAAUGAAUUAACCGCUGUCACUCACCUUUCUUGUUGUCAAUGGCGAAUUAGAGCUGUUGCUGUUGCUGUUGUCCAGCUUUCGUAUGAGUUGAAUCUACGCUUGCACUGCAUUCUUCGCUUAACGAACUGGUUGAUCUGAAGUUAUUUCUGCUGGCAGUUACUUGAAUUGGAAAGAGUUUGUAUCUGGAUUUAGGAAAUCUGAGGCUGAUUGUUUACUUGAUCUACUGCAUUUAAAUCGAUUGCGUACCUUUUUAUGGCAAUUUCACCGGUUCUGUGACACGAUGUCAUGAUCACGUGAUUCCAAAGAGAUUGAUUUCAAAUAGACAAAUAAAUUCGGAAUACAAUAGGCAUAUUACACUGUUUUCUUCAUGAUAGUGGUAUUUAAACCAUAAGUGGAAGCAGGCUACACCAAUUCAACAUGAGACGACCUAUAUUCCAUAAACUUUCUUUAAUUUUUGGCCCUAGACCACCAUGGACUUGGCUACUUCUAUGUCUUUUUAGUGUUCUUGCACUUAUUGUUUUGCUACGUUCAUCUACUUCCACCUCCUUUGACUCUGUCACCUUCAGCAUAAAAUCAGACAUUUAUAUAAACUACAGAAGACUAAAGGAACAAGCAGCAAGUGAUUAUUUGGAGCUAAAAAGUUUAUCUUCAGGGAAUAAUAUUCUGAAGGAGAUUAGCCUUUGUGGCAGGGAAAGAGAACAUUAUGUUCCUUGUUAUAAUGUUUCUGCAAAUCUUCAACUAGGGUUUACAGAUGGUGAAGAAUUUGAUCGACAUUGUGAACUAUCACAACACCAAGAUUACUGUUUGGUUCGCCCUCCAAGAGACUAUAAAACUCCUCUGAGUUGGCCAGUUGGCAGAGAUGUAAUAUGGAAUGCAAAUGUCAAGAUUACAAAAGACCAAUUUCUUUCUUCAGGGAGUAUGACUAAAAGGUUAAUGUUACUUGAAGAAAACCAAAUUUCUUUCCACUCAGAUGAUGGUUUGAUCUUUGAUGGAGUCAAAGAAUACUCUCACCAAGUUGCAGAAAUGAUAGGAUUAACUAGUGAUGUUGAAUUUCUUCAAGCUGGUGUACGUAAUGUACUAGAUAUUGGAUGUGGGUUUGGUAGCUUUGGGGCUCAUUUGUUAUCAUUAAAGCUCAUGGCUGUUUGUAUGGCUGCAUAUGAGUUGACUGGUAGUCAAGUUCAGUUAUCUCUUGAAAGAGGCCUUCCAGCAAUUAUUGGCAACUUCAUUUCAAGAAAACUCCCAUUUCCUUCAUUGUCAUAUGACAUGGUUCAUUGUGCACAAUGUGGUAUCCUAUGGGACAAAAAAGAUGGAAUGUUUCUUAUUGAAGUUGAUCGGAUUCUUAAGCCUGGAGGCUACUUUGUUUUACAUGGAAGUUCAUUAAGUACAAAAAAGGGAAGCAUGGAUAGCCCUAUUGAAGAAUUUACUCAAAAGAUUUGCUGGACAUUUACAGCUCAACAAGAGGAAACUUUUAUAUGGCAGAAAACUAAUGAUGCCCAAUGCUACUCAUCCGGCAAGCAGGGUGUGAUUCCACCAUGUAAAGAAGAACAUGACAUACAGUCAUAUUAUCAGCCACUUUCAUCUUGUAUAGGAGGGACUGAAAGCAAAAGAUGGAUUCCUAUUCAAAAUAGGUCUUCAAAAGUUGAGCAGUAUGAAUUUUAUGAGGACUUUGAGUCAUCAAGGUUAGCUUUGAGAAAUUAUUGGUCUUUACUCACGCCUUUAAUCUUUUCUGAUCAUCCAAAAAGACCUGGUGAUGAAGAUCCAUUACCUCCAUACAAUAUGAUACGAAAUGUUAUGGACAUGAAUGCCCUUUAUGGGGGUCUAAAUGCUGCAUUUUUAGAAGCAGGGAAAUCAGUUUGGGUGAUGAAUGUGGUCCCCACUAGGACUCGUAACACCCUCCCACUCAUACUUCAUCAGGGAUUCGCAGGCAUUUUGCAUGACUGGUGUGAACCUUUCCCAACAUACCCACGGACAUAUGACAUGGUUCAUGCAAAUGGGCUCCUUUCAAAUCUAAUUUUAGAAGGGUGUAGCUUAAAAACUCUACUUUUGGAGAUUGAUCGUAUUUUACGCCCUGAGGGUUGGGUUGUACUUUCGGAUAAGGUGGGGCCUAUAGAGGAUGCACGAAUGAUUGCUACACAAAUACGAUGGGAAGCAAGGGUGAUUGAUCUUGAAAAUGGUUUUAUAAAUCUCUAUAUACGACGCAAACAUGCAUGCAUAGAUGAUGCAAGAAAUUUGUCAAUUGUAAUUGGGUUGUAUUAG